CGCAAGCGACGGUGUGCAAAAAAGGACGUCAGUAUGGAUGGGCGGCAGGCAGUUUGCAGGUCUGCAGGGGGUGAGGGUGGUGGCCAACGGGCCGGGCAGAGCCCGUCUAGAGGUUCAAGGGCGGUGGAGCGGUCGGAGUACACGCACCUGCCACCGCACUUGCAGCCUUUGCCGGACACAUCGGACGAGGAGGAGGACGACAGACGUUCACGUGCCAUGCCACUGGGAAGCGGGUCUACACAGGAGUGGGCGGCCACAGAGCUUUGUGGAAGCCGCGCGCCCAGUUACGGCCAGUCGUACACCCAGCUCCUCCAGCAGGGCCUGAGCGGCGACGAAGGAGAUGGAGGUGUGAAUCUGACGUUCGGUCUGUGCAGUGGGAGUUCGUCGUCUUCGACGCGGACAGUGCUAGUUGACAACCGUCCCGAUGACGACGGCGGCCAGGUGACGGUUGUUGCACGACCGUCGAAGUCUCCAGCGUCGUCGGUCCGCGUGGCGUCGGGGAACAACAAGGAUCCUCGUACGCAGCAAUACAGGGCACCGUCUGCUUCAAGGGGUGCCUCGGCUCGCCCGUCGUGGAUGUUGUCCCCGUCUGCCCUGUCCACCAAUUUGAGUGCGGCUCGCAAUCGGGGGAAUGCGGGGAGCAUGAUUGCGGGAUCGAGGGAAGAGCGACUGCGAGUGGUGGACGACGAAAACGACGGCGAUGCACCUGAUGUCGACGGCAACGAUCAGGACUUGAGUGACGACGAUUGCGGGGGUGGGGAGGACAACGCAGGGCGAGUGUCGCCAUCCAAUCAAAGCAGCAUGGGGGGGAAGGGCGGGAGGGCGAAGGCGUCUGUUCGCAACGGUCGGCGGGGGAAGAAGGCGAUGGGGAAGGGGAGCGACGUCGAAGCUGACGGCGAUGCAGAAGGCGGUCGUCUGCAGGGAAUCGGCACCUCGUACGCUCGUAUGAAGCCGCGAGAAUGGAAGUGGUUGGAUGUGGAGCAAAGGCUGAAGAAGGUGGGCGUGGAGAGGGAGGUAGAACGGUGCGGGAAGAAGUGGGACAAUUUGAUGCAGCAGUUCAAGAAGGUGCACCACUUCCAAGGCUUGUCCGGGAAACGAGACUUCUUCCAGUUCACAGGCAAGGAGCGGUUGUCGAAGGGCUUCAGUUUCAACAUGGAUCGUGCGGUUUACGAUGAGAUCCUGGGGUCGACUGCCAAGAGACACACCAUGAACCCCAAGAACGUCGCAGACACUGGUGCUCCGGGGGGUGUGCGUCUGCCGUCGGCGAAUUCUGCUGAUCCGGAGUCUGUCGGGGAUCGGGACGCUGUUGCAAGGCUGGACGACGACGACGACGUGUCGACGAGAGGUUAUUCUCAGACGACAGGAGGCCCUGGUGGCUUCGGCAAGAGGAAGAGCACGAGACAGCAAACUUUCGACGCUCUGUUGGAAUGCAUGAAGAAGCAUGGGGCUCUGGUGGCGUCGACGAUGGAAAGCAACAGCAAACGACAGUGUUCAGUCCAAAUCCGACAGUGCGUGGCAUUGGAAGCGGAGGUGGAGGUGCAAAAGAAACACUACGCUCCGUCCGACGAAGUUAGCAAACUGAUGUGCCACGCUCUGCUUGAGAUAGCGAAGACCAUCCACGAGCGACGCGGGAGGUCUACCGGGAAACAGGCCGUCGACGCGGCUCUCCGGAAGAAAAGGGGCAGCCACGUGGCGAGCAAACAGAGGAACCUCGUCCAAGGGGCCUCUGCGCUGGCGAUACACGCAGAUGCGGAAGAGUGGGUGGCGGAGGGGGACGAUUCACACGUGGAAAGCGACUUCGACGAAUCAGAGGAAAUCCCAUUGAAGCGCAAGUCCUCCGGAAGGCCGAUUGGAGCCCUACGGAUGGAUGACGUCGGCGAGAGGCGUUGCGCAGGGGGCCGCGGGCAAAUUGAUCAAGACGCCGAUGUCGCCCCUCGUGCGGCGACGGGUCGAGCCGGGGGGAGUGCCGCCACACAGCAGAACCGUGCGCCCUUGCCACGUGUCAACGAACCCCCGGCCGCGCAAGAGGUGCUCGUCUGCGGGCGAACGCCAUCAAUCCCGCGACAGACGACGGCCACAGACGUCGGCGUCGCCGCACAAGGCAUUGCUCAGGGGAUCGCUAGCCGAUCUCCCGCCAAUGACGAUCGCAGGGCGUCGAUGGUGGUUGUGGCGCGCACUGCGGAAGUGGCAAGGGAAGGCGCCGCCACGGCGGGUGGUGCGUCCCACACUGGUGAAGGGGGGAGGUCAGGCGGGGCCGCAACUGUGGGGGCUUCGCAUGCGGCGGAAGGAGCCAGGGCGGGUGGGGGGAAUGUGGGCGAAGGGAGCAGGGCAGGCGCCGUCGCUGGAGUCGGGGAGGACGAUGAAGCGUUGGCGAACAGGGUGCGCAGCAGAGCUCAUGAGAAGGGAUGGACGGAGGCGUCCAAAGCGUUGGCAACUGUGGGAAAUGCCAUUGUCAAGCUCAUGCAGGAAGUGCGGCUGUAUCUUGUGGCAGUGGCGCGGGGUGUGCAGCCUCCUGCGAUUCGACGUAGCAUCGUCAUGCCACACACCACCAUCAUGCAGCACAAAAUCGACGACGAAUCGGAGUUCAGUGAUGCGCAAGACAGGGCGCUGAAGGCGCAGACCAUCGCUCUGCGGGUGAUCCAUGGGUGGGUGUUCAUGUCCGCGAGAAGGCAACGGGGUUACCACGCUGUGUACGGGUACGCGCUGAACCAUGUGGCGACUGACAUCGCGGGCGCGAUUUGGAUGGGGGAAGACUGGCGUGUGUGUGUGAGCCCCAUGGUUUUCCACACCACCAUGUCAUGCCACUGUGGUUCGUCGGCGCUUACAUCGAAGACAUGCACGAGGACGACGAGCUAGCGGCGUAUCAGGAAGCGAGC